UAAACCAAGAUAUAUUAGCAAGGGAGAGAAAAUGGCGGGAGAACCGGGGAGUUCAAUGCACGGAGUCACCGGCCGGGAACAGAGCUUCGCCUUCUCGGUGGCAUCUCCCGUGGUCCCCACCGACACGUCAGCUAAGUUCUCAGUUCCGGUGGAUUCGGAACACAAGGCCAAAGUGUUCAAGAUCCUGUCCGUAGCCAGCCCUCACAUGAGAACGUUCCAUCUCGCGUGGAUCUCGUUCUUCACGUGCUUCGUCUCCACCUUCGCGGCCGCACCUCUCGUCCCGAUCAUCCGAGACAACCUUAAUCUGACAAAACAGGACAUUGGGAACGCAGGCGUAGCUUCUGUCUCGGGUAGUAUCUUCUCGAGGCUCGUGAUGGGAGCCGUCUGUGAUCUCCUCGGCCCUCGUUACGGCUGCGCCUUCCUCGUCAUGCUCUCGGCUCCUACCGUCUUCUCCAUGUCGUUCGUGACCGAUGCCUCGGGAUAUAUCACGGUGAGGUUCAUGAUCGGAUUCUGCCUGGCAACGUUCGUGUCGUGCCAGUACUGGAUGAGCACGAUGUUCAACAGCAAGAUCAUAGGUUUGGUGAACGGAACCGCGGCCGGGUGGGGGAACAUGGGAGGAGGAGCGACGCAACUGAUAAUGCCUUUGGUCUACGAGGCGAUCCGACGCUCGGGAUCCACGUCCUUCACGGCUUGGCGAAUCGCCUUCUUCGUCCCGGGAUGGAUGCAUAUAGUAAUGGGGAUCUUGGUCUUAACUCUAGGACAAGAUCUACCAGAUGGCAACAGAAGCACACUUGAGAAGAAAGGUGAAGUUGCCAAAGACCAUUUCUCUAAGAUAUUUUGGUACGCCAUUACAAACUAUAGGACAUGGAUUUUUGUCGUUCUGUACGGAUACUCCAUGGGAGUAGAGCUCUCUACCGAUAAUGUUAUCGCAGAAUACUUCUUCGACAGAUUCCAUCUCAAACUCCAAACCGCUGGAACGAUAGCAGCGGCCUUCGGAAUGGCCAAUUUCUUCGCCCGUCCAUUCGGCGGCUGGGCCUCGGACAUGGCCGCAAGGUAUUUAGGCAUGAGAGGACGCUUGUGGACGCUAUGGAUAAUUCAGACACUCGGAGGUUGUUUAGCCGAUACCCUCUCGACGGCCGUAACCGCGAUGAUCCUCUUCUCGGUCGGAGCCCAGGCCGCCUGUGGAGCCACGUUCGCGAUCAUACCCUUCAUUUCUCGCCGGUCACUUGGUAUAAUCUCCGGUCUAACGGGAGCCGGAGGCAAUUUCGGGUCCGGUCUGACACAGCUCGUCUUCUUUUCCACGUCACGGUUCACGACCGGAGAAGGGCUGACGUGGAUGGGGGUGAUGAUCGUGGCGUGUACUUUGCCAGUGACUUUAGUUCACUUCCCGCAGUGGGGGAGCAUGUUCCUGCCCCCGACAAGUGAUGAAGUGAAGUGUACGGAAGAGUACUAUUACAUGAGAGAGUGGUCGGAGAGAGAGAAGGAGAAAGGUAUGCAUGAAGGGAGUCUCAAGUUCGCCGUCAAUAGCCGGUCAGAGCGUGGCCGGCGCGUGGCUUCGGUGUCAUCUCCGCCGGAGUUUUCUGUCUGAGUGAGAGUUUUUCUCUUUUUUUUUUCCAAAAAAAAAAAGAGCAAAAGAUUAAUUGCUUACGUAUUUAAUGUAAGUGCUGUUUCCUUUAGACUUUAAGUGUAAAAUAUUUGAUAACUAUUAGUCUCAAUUUC